AUGGGAGCAAACACCUCCAGCAAGUCACCCCCCUUCGAUGAAAACGCAGAUGUCACCUUUGAUCAUUUUGAGAUAUUGCGAGCUAUUGGGAAGGGCAGCUUUGGAAAAGUCUGCGUUGUGCAAAAGAACGACACCAAGAAGAUGUAUGCCAUGAAAUAUAUGAAUAAACAAAAGUGCGUGGAGCGUAAUGAAGUGAGAAAUGUUUUCAAGGAGCUGCAGAUUAUGCAGGGCCUGGAACACCCCUUCCUGGUUAAUUUAUGGUACUCAUUCCAAGAUGAAGAAGAUAUGUUUAUGGUGGUAGACCUGCUGCUUGGAGGGGAUCUUCGAUACCACCUCCAGCAGAACGUGAGGUUCCAAGAAGGCACCGUGAAGCUCUUCAUCUGUGAGCUGGUGCUGGCCCUCGACUAUCUCCAGAGCAGGCACAUCAUCCACAGAGACAUCAAGCCUGACAACAUUUUACUGGAUGAGCAUGGACAUGUGCACAUCACUGAUUUCAAUAUUGCCACAAUGCUGACUAAAGACAUACAAGUCACCACCAUCGCUGGCACAAAGCCGUACAUGGCACCUGAGAUGUUUAACUCCACAAAACCCACCGGCUACUCCUUUGCUGUGGACUGGUGGUCACUGGGGAUCACGGCCUAUGAACUGCUCCGGACCCGGAGGCCGUAUCACAUUCGCUCCAACACUUCCACAGAUGAAAUUGCUCACGUGUUCAGGACGGCCACAGUGAUGUACCCUGCAGCGUGGUCCACGGACAUGGUGUUGCUCAUCAAAAAGUUGCUUGAGCUGAACCCUGAGAAGCGUUUUUCUCAGCUGAAAGAUAUCCAGGACUUCCCAUACCUGUCAGACGUGAACUGGGACGCUGUUCUCCAGAAACGGAUAAUGCCAGAAUUCAUUCCCACGGUAAGGAACUGCACUUUUAUAGGCAGUCCAGACCUUCAGACAGGCUCUGAUCACUUCAGGGCACCUCUCCCUCUGCAGAAAGGCAGACUGAACUGUGAUCCAGCCUUCGAACUGGAAGAAAUGAUCCUAGAAUCCAAACCUCUUCACAAGAAAAAAAAGCGCUUGGCUAAGAAGGAGAAAGACACCAGCAGAAGCAAUUCCUCCCAGGCCUGCCACCUGCAGAAGCACCUGGAGAUGCUCCAGAGGGACUUCAUUGUUUUCAACAGAGAAAAAGCAAGACACCACCACAACGACACCCAGGAGACCCUGACACUAGCAAAGAGCAAAGGCACGUACAAGGAGGUCAACCAGAACAACAACCUCUGA